AUGUGUUUCGUCGAAUACGCGAUAUACAAUUUCACGGACUGCACCCACGUAUUAAAGGCGGUAUGGUCGAAACGCCGCUGCCCCAUCCUACUCGCCCAGGAUUCCACUUUCAAUGACCCAGAUCUGGCGUGUCCAACAUUCGCGACGUAUCUUCCGGCGAACAAUGUCCCCGGUGGAUGUCCCUCCUGUUGCACUUGGGCCACGCAAGAGGACAUGAAUGUCGGAAUAGCGGUUCGGAUGCAGGCCUCUUGGAGCGUGUUCCCAGGGCGGCCCGGGCUAUUUCCUGCAUACCAAGACGCGGACUGGGUGGGCGUUGUGUUCAAGGCGGCGGGUACGACUUUGAACCUCCAGGAGCGUGUGAGAGGUUGGCUCAAAGACCAAGCAAGGAAUACAUCGUCUUGCAUGGACGCGGAUGGCGGUACUACGUCGGAGAUGACUGACUGGGUUGUCCUUGACCGAGACUUUCAAGACGACAGUUCUUUCGUGGUGGUGGGAGCAUGUGGAGAAGAUACGGAUGGAGCAGAAGAUAAGAGUCGUUGA